AUGCCUCUCUUUAAUAAGAAACCUUUCUCCUUACUGGAGCCCCCUAAGGACUUGGAUUCAAAGGAGGUGUUCCAAAUUCGAUUCACAAAGGAGAUAUUCCGAGAUUAUGAGUAUCCUUUUCUAGAAUACCUAAAGAGACUAAACCUUUAUCGCCAAAGAGUUUGGACAUGUAAGAUAUCUGGAAAAUCUAAUUUAACUUUUGAAGAAGCUUUGAUAUCUGAGCAUAAAGCGAUGGAGAAGGCUCAAAAUUUGCCAACUGAGCUAAUGGCUCAUGUUCUUCGGAUGACUCAAUACAGCACUCUUGGUUUACAUGAACUUAUCGAUAAGAUAUAUGCCAGUCUGCUGGAAGAAGUAUUUGAAGGAAUAGAAUUACAUGCUAAUAAGGAUGGUGCUGUGGCACCUUGCAAGAUUUUGAAGAUUUUAGAUUCUGGUGGCACAAAGAUGUGUGAAGUUGGUUGGAUUCGGCAGGGUAAGGCUGUGACCAACACAUCAGUAAUCAAAGCUGCAGAUCUGUUUUACCGGAGGGCACCUGUUAGCAGGAAUACACUGAAGAUUUUUAUUAGAGAUGCUACAUCACAAAGUAAUCCAUGGGUUAUCCAUGAGAAUCUCGCCAAAAAAUUUGGCAUAUCUAUGGACCCCCCAGACAGCGUAAUGAAGAAAGGGAGAAAAAGACAGGGGAAUGGAACCAUUGAAGAUGGGAGGAAAAAGCUCAAAACAGAUGAAGAACAGUCAUAUGUAAUGAUUAAGUAUCCAAUAGAUGAUCUGCUAGUAAGGCCCAAUGCAGAUGAUCUGGCUUUAUUUAAGAGGCCUCCUCUGGCUACAGAUUUUAGAGUACCAAGAUGUUCUGUGGGAGAUCUCCUUAUGGUAUGGGACUUCUGCUCGUCUUUUGGGAGGGCUCUGAAUCUGUCCCCAUUUCCGCUAACAGAUCUGGAGAAUGCAAUUUGCCACAAAGAAAGCAAUGUUCUUCUCGUGGAAAUACAUGCAGCUAUGUUUCACUUGCUUAUGAAGGAUGAAGGUGACUAUUUCACUGUUCUGCAGAACAAGAAGCGGAAGUUAAAGGUAAGUUCAGUAACAUGGGCUGAGUAUCUAUGUGAUUUCUUGGAAAUGACAAAAAAUGAAGAACUAUCCACUAACAUUGCAACAGUAAGAAGGGGUUAUUAUGGUCUUAUUGACACUGAUAUAAAGCUUAAGAUCCUCCGGGAACUAGUGGAAGAAGCUAUUCAAACCUCUGCCAUAAGGGAGAUACUAAGCGACCGUGUGGACCAGAAACAAGUCCUCAAUGCAACAAAAAGAGAGAACACCAGAAAGGACAAACAAGAGCAAAAUAUGAACACUGAAAUUGCUAUGAAAAAGGAGGAGAAUCAGACAGAUGCUGUGCAAGGUGGCCAUGAGGGUGUAGAUGAGCUGGUUAGGGGAAAAGAAAAUGACAAGAGCAAUAUUUCUCGGAGUAGGACAGAAGGGAAACGACACCUGGUACGACACCUUGAGACGGAGAUAGAGAAAUUAUCCAUCCGUUCCAGCCCUCUUGGUAAAGACAGGCAGUACAAGAGGUACUGUUUUUUCAAGCGUGAAGGAAGGCUUUUUGUGGAAACUACAGAUUCCAGAGAAUGGGGUUACUACAGCACUAAGGAAGAGCUUGAUGCGCUCAUGGGCUCAUUGAAUGUGAAAGGUAUAAGGGAGAGAGCUUUGAAACGGCAACUAGAGAAGUUCUAUAGUAAGAUAAGUAAUGCCCUAGAGAAACGAUCAAAAGAUAUCGCAAACAAGAUGUUGCUUGAAGAGGGUGUGCUGCGCCGUUCCACACGUGUCCGGGCUAACCCAAAGGACAACCCGUCCAUGGCAUUCCUCAAGAAGGCCCAAAGGUCGCGCCGCCUGGUUCGCUGGACGGGUCUCGCCCAAGGCCCAAGGGACACCGUCCAACGAUUUCUGCAGCAGCCAGCGCGGCAACGUGGACGGACUGGCGACCACAGACAACAGACUGAAGAAGCACUGGAAAGAUACUUGCUCACGACGCUUACGGCUAACGGCUUACACACAAAAGAGGGCGUCUGGUGGUCUGGAACUCUGGAUGACUCAAUUCUCUUGUGUUCUUUGUUUCCCUGCCAAGACCCAAGAGGAAAGGAGGAGCAAGUAGAGAUGGCGUGCCCUGCGCAGUCCAUGCUCUCCGCCAGCGGCUGCAUCUUCCUGAGGAGCAAGCCUCAGGCGGCCGCGGCCUCCCAUGUGCGUGGGGGCAUCAUCAUCGGCGGUGGCUGCAGCAGCAGGCCGUUCCUGCUCACCUGCAACGCUUCCUCGCCGCCGGCGCCGACGCAGGAGGACCCCGACUGCAACGAGGAGGAGUGCGCCCCGGAGAAGGAGGUCGGGAGCCUGAGCGCCGAGUGGCUGGCCGAGGAGAGGACCCAGGUCGUCGGCACUUUCCCUCCCAAGAAGAGAAAGUGGGGCUACGUCGAGAAGGACACCGCCGGCCAGACCAACAUCUACUCCGUCGAGCCGAUGGUGUACGUGGCCGAGAGCGCCAUCAGCUCCGGCACGUCGGGCACGUCGGCGGAUGGCGCCGAGAACACGGCCGCCAUCGCCGCGGGGCUCGUCCUCAUCACCGUCGCCGCGGCCUCGUCCAUCCUCAUCCAGGUGAACAAGAGCCAGCCUCCGGUGCCGCCGGAAGCCGCCUACAACGGCCCGCCGCUCAGCUACUACGUCGCCAAGUUCCAGCCGGCGGUGGCGCAGACCCUCGAGGCCCCCGCCCCCGCCGAGGCGAUAGAGGCAGCAGCACCAGAGGCGACGUCCACCGUCGAGGCCUCCGCGGCUCUGGAGGCACAGCAGCUGUCGUCGUGA